AUCAUCACUCAUACUGAAUAUGAAGCAGAGGAUUUUGAGUACAUUCUAUCAUGGAAAGCUGGAAAUAGUUCAAGAAUUCCAGUAUGCUACACAGUGAUAUACUGUAUAAUAGAUAUCUCCUUGUCUUGCCUUGCCUUGCUUCGAUAUCUGAUGCCCCCUGCAUGUACACGCAACUCCCAGAAGGAGUGUACCAGUUUGAGAAAAACUAUCUUAGGUUAUAGAACUCUAGGAAAGAUUCUCAGAGAGUCUGAUGUCUUUAUAGACAAUAGAAAAUGGAAUGAUUUGUGGUUCUUUCUUUUUGAUACUUGCAUCUCUAUCACAGAUGUUCUCUUCCUCCCCCGCCCCCAGGUCUCCAGAAAACCAAGAUUCAGACCAUCAUGUUUUGGACCAGGGCAGUUUGCUGCUUGCCCACCAAUGAAGCAGGGUCUAAGUGAUAUAAAAUCAAUGCAGUCCAGGAAUGUACUAAUCGAUGCAGUCCAGGGAUGUACUAAUAUUGCAAGACCAUUCUGUAAUCUAACAAAUGAAUUUGCAGAUGUUUGCCGUAGAACGGCAUAUAUUGUAGUACAGCAAUACACUAGCAAUGGAACAAAUUAUUCAGAUAUUAUACCAUUCAAUCCAUUUUCUAACCGAUGCUUCAGGCCACCUCAGUUUAAUAUUUCUGUUUGUCAAAACUGUGUAAAUGUCACAGUGAAACUUCCACCUCUGUUACUUAAAAUUUAUCAAAAACUUGAUUAUACAAUCAUAGUGGAAACAGCUGAUCUCAAGGAAAAUACCAAACAGGAUAAUUUCUUCACUAUUCUGGAAGAUUUGCAUGCAAAUAAAAAUUAUUGCAUUGCUGUUCAGGUGUCUACAGGUCAUAAUCCCCAGUGCACUCCCACCAUUCCAAAAUGUAUUAUGCUUGAGUCCAAUAAUCGAGAAGAUUAUAUUAUGCUUUCAAUCUUGGCUCCAUUAAUACUAUUGGUAGUGGUAAUCAUUUCAGCUUUCCUGUAUAAGGCUGGUUUUAUUUUCUUAAAAGGACAUCAUCAAAUGUCUUGUUCAACCAAAGGAUUUGAAGCAGAUUACAUUAGGGUGGAGUUUGACAGUAACUUUAGCAGUGAAACAGAAUUGAAAGUCCUGCCCUCUGAUAGUCAUCCAUCUCUCUGUGCCAGAGAACACAAGAACAUCAAUCGUGACUUGGCUUAUUCAGUCUUUGAAUCAAAUCCUGAAGAAAUUUGUGAGGUCCAGGUCCAGGAAAGUGAAGCGCAACAACACAGUGAUGAUGAGAACAGUGAAAGCGAUGUUGAGAGCAAUUUGGAUACUGAAUGUGACUUCUUUAAUCAGAUUACACCAUUCUCUCAGGUGGAGAACACUCAGAAGUUGUUCACAGGUUGCUCAGCUACUAAAAAUGAAGUAACCAGAACUUUAGCACAAAGGAAUCAGGAUGAUAUUGACAAAAGCAGCCCAAUUACCCCAUUAUAUCCUUCUGAAGUGAACUCUGGCCAUGUAGCAGAAUCAGAACAUACAGACUGCUUAAAUGUAAACUUAAAUUCUGUGAUGCUAGGAAUAUCAGAUAAAAACCUGGAUUUUUCUACAAUUGACCAUGAAGACUUGAAUGAAUCUUGUAUUUUGGAUGCAUUUGAACCAAACCAUUUCACUGAAAUGCCAGAUAAUCAGAGCUUUGAUGUUCAAAAUCUAUGUUCAUGGGAAAAUCGUAGUGUCUCUGGGGAAAGUGAAUCAUCGUAUUCAGAAACAGAAUGCACCAGUGGAUACAUGAAAAGAUGAAUCCAUGAAAAGUGACACAGCUUCCACUGUUCCUCCCUUUGAAAGGCACUUUUGGGGAGCAGUAAUUCAGACCAGACAAACAUUAAGCUCUUUCUUCCAUUUCUUCAUUCCAAGUUAACCCUAAAAGGAUCAUGAGAUUCAGUUACACAAAAACAGUGUUGGCAUUUUACUAUCUGAAUUUAUAUUGCAUGAAGAACUUGGUUCCUAUGGAUACCAAAAUAUAAUGUAAUUACAUAGUUUUUUGUACAGAGCUGGAGCUACAGUUUAUACUGAUAUUGUGAUUGGCAGACAUUUUUUCAAAGUUGUGUGUCCUGCCUUCUCCAAAUUAAUGUCUUCAUGAUGUGCUCUAGCUGGGCAUUCUAGAAUCUGCACCUCCGGCAUAUCAAGAAGCAAUCAGGUCUGGACUUUACUUCUCCUUCAUACAUCUAAUGCAUAUAUUUGUCCUGCUGUUUUAGAAAUCUAAAAAUUAACUGCUUUUUCUUGUCUUGUAUUUAUUAUUUGUUUUUAACAACCUUAAACUUAGUACAUGACUUUAUUGCAGGGUAAUUUACUUUCCUGUGAUUCACUUAAAAACUGUGGCAAGAAAGGUUGCAAAAUAGGGCAAAUCUUACUUAACAACUGUAUUA